GCCGAGGCCCCAGCGAACAGUCAGUGCUCAGCCGCUCUCUAUCGCUGUGUUCGUGUUCGUUCGUAUAGAAUAGUGUGACAGUUUGACAGUUCUUCAACUUACAGUGCCUAUCUCCUCCUCUCUUCUAUUGGACUUUAUUUCUUAUUAAGGACGGACCAAAAAGUGACGGUGCUUCAACAACGAGGUUCAUGUUUUGGUGCAAGUUGAUUAAACUACGUUAUAAAUCAAGGUGGUUAUAUAAAGAAGAGUUAGGGUGGCGUUGGUGAGAGGGUCUGCGACGGCUGUCAUGCCGUUCAUUGAAGACGAUCUUCUCUGGUCUCCACCUGAAACUGAAAAUAAAAUGGUUGAUCUAUCACAGUGCCUUGAUGGGGGAGGAGGUCUUGGAGAGCUCUCUCAGACGGAUUUAACAGGACUAGUUAGUGGUAUAGAUGAAGAGGAAGAUAUUUUCAAGCAACUAGACAGCUCAUUUGAAUUGGAACAGUUUUUUGAUUUUUAUGAAGAGGGAAAGGAAGAGAACAAUAAUAGUUUAAUAGGUGGUAGCAAUAAAAAUUCGGCAACUGUAGCGCUUUUACAAGAAUUGCAGCGGAGUCAAGCGAAUGCGAGAAAGUUCAAUAUAGCUGCAGCCAAUCCUCUUUUAGCUGAGAAAUUGGCGGCACCUGGACCGACGGUGGGGGAUCAGCAGUUUCCGAGGAUCAAAACGGAACCAGACUCCAGGCAAGGCGAUGGGCAGUUCUUACUCGUUGAAAGCUCAAGUACCAGACCAAGAGUUGAUACAGCCGCUGGGCCUACUCCUCAAGUGUAUGUGAAAAGAGAACCUCAGGAGCAUAAAGCUCUUCUGCAUGGGAUACUCAGCCAGCACCACGCUGCGCUUCUCGCCUACACCGCCUCCAAUACUGGUUCGCUACCACCCAGUCCAGCGGACUCCGGGGUAUCCGACGUGGACAGUUCGAGCUCUGGGCACACGAGCAAUGAUGAACUCAGAGCGAGGCUCCAACCUCCACACUCCUAUUACCAACAACAAACUACCACGGGAGGUUCUUGUAGAAGGAGCCCGGAGACCGGAGGUGCCAUGGCGGCCCCGAUCUACCCCCCGGCACACUUCCUGUCUCCUUACUACCAGCAGCCCCAGCACCCCGCCUCCAACCCGACCACCGUCUACCAGGCCAGGAGUCAAAGUGGAGAGGCUUACACAGGCGGAGGGGGAGGAUACAUGGGACCCCCAACCAAUUACUUCGCACAACCACAACCACCAUCCCCUCCCAGGGCGUCCGUCAUUCAAGCCGCCGCCUCCAGCUCUCACGACGACUUCUACCUCCUUGAGCUCGGCCUCCAGCACAGGAUGAAGAAGAAGGUCAAAAGAUCCAGAAGUGGCGACAGUCCAACAGCCACUGGGCCCAAGCGCAAAUCACGCGAAGGUUCGACAACAUACCUUUGGGAGUUCCUACUAAAGCUGUUACAAGACCGAGACUACUGCCCAAGGUACAUCAAAUGGACCAAUAGAGAGAAGGGUGUCUUCAAACUGGUCGAUUCCAAAGCAGUAUCUCGCCUUUGGGGUCUUCAUAAGAAUAAACCAGACAUGAACUAUGAAACCAUGGGCAGAGCUCUCAGGUAUUAUUACCAACGAGGAAUACUGGCAAAGGUGGAUGGUCAGAGGCUGGUCUACCAGUUCGUCGACGUACCAAAAGAUAUCGUCGAAAUAGACUGCACAGGAGCGUGACCCGGCACAGCACAACCCAAACCUUUCACUUAACAAACCGACCUUAUUCCUUCCCUGUACAAAAAAAUUAAAACCAUUCUCUAAAAAAAUGUCCAUUCUGGUUGUUAGACACAUGCUCAUUUAAUGUGGCUAUUUUAAUUGCCUCCUAUUUUGGAUGCUAUGUUUUUACUAAGUGUCUUUUGGCAACGAAUCGACUAUAUAGUUGAAUUUUUAAAUAUUUAAAAUGAGAUUAUUUUUGUAUCAUAUUAUGAAAUGAUGAAUUACCUUAAGGUUGGGUUUGGGUUGUAUAGGCUGCAUGUGUUUGGUGUUGUUUGCUACAUUUUCCCUCAACUUCUUUCCCAUCCCCCUUGAAGUUGUGUUUUUCAUUUUCUGUUUGAUUCUUCUUGAAUAAAAUGCAUCCUAAUAUCAGUGGUGCAGAAAAAAAAGAAGAAAAAAAAUUUGUAAAACUAUAAAAUGCAAAAUCUCAAGGAAAUCUUUUGUACAGGAUACCAUUUCGAGCAUGAAAGUGCUGUCUUUUGAAAGCUGUAUUUUAGAUGUAAGUUAGUAUUAAGUAAUUGUAUGUUUUUUCGAUUUGUUACCUGUUGUUGCAAUCUGAAUUAUAUUGAUACUGUUGUAUAAAUGUAAAAUUCGAUGUACAUGCUGCUUUCUUAGACAACAUUGAUUGUGAACAAAUUAUCAAAUUUUUCUCUUGAAGAUGUUUGUUUUUCUCAUCACUGAUAUGCAAAGGCGGAUCUACGGGGUGGACUUUUGGGCUGAUGCUCUCCCCCCCCCCCCAAAAUGGUAAAAUGUAACCAUUUUUUACAGAAAAAAAUAUGUCUUAAAGUAUUAUUGUUCUUGUAAUUUUAUUUAAUAGGACUUUAAGAACCACUUAAACACCAUUUCAUAUAGGUAAUUAAUUUCUUUAU